AUCCUGUCACCAGCUGUGGGCCACAGACAGAGAACAGAGAAGUACAGGAUUUAGACACAUUAGACCAACUACUGAGUCAGUUAGAAAGGUAAUCAUACAGUAAGUUAAUACAGUAAGUAAAAGUAACUUAGAAUCAUACAUAUUACAAUAAGAGGUCAGACAGACUGAAUUAGUUGAUUCAUUCAUUGAUUGGGGUAAUCAUUGAUAUUCGGUACGGUUAGUUAAGAUGGCAAACUACGUCAACAAACAGGUGAUUGAAUUGAAUGAAGUUACUGAAGAAAACCGGAACAGAUUAUCGAGGAGCGUGAAGACUGAGACCCAUCUCUCAGAUGGAAGACUAAGACUCUACAGGCUGGCUGCUGUGUGUUUUGGAGUGCUGUGUGUUCUACAAGUCACUCUCAACAUCUUCCUGAGACUGGAUUUCUUCCACUCCAACAGAGAGAGAGAGCAGUUAAACGGCUGUUACAACACCACUGGCUUGGCGCAGGUUGGAGACCAGCCAGAUACCAGUACUAUCAUGGAUCUGUGUACAGAGAGAGACCAGUGCCGGAUGAACAGAAACCAGCUAGAGAGGGAGAGAGACAAAGAGAAAAUGGACAAAAAACAGUUACUGGAGCGUUACACUGCCCUGACUACAGAACGGGACAGGUUGAGAAAAAGGGUCAGUCUUCUGACCAAUGAGAAGGUGGUGCUCUCUAUCUGUGGUACUGGAAGAGUGGUGGAAGGGAGUGGCAUGGCAGUCCAAACGAUGAGGACUGUGUUAAAGUGUCCUAAACGAUGGAGGAUGUUGGGAUCCAGCUGUUACUUCCUGUCUACUGAGAGGAAAACCUGGGAGGAGUGCAAACUGGAUUGUCUGGCGAGAGGAGCAGACCUGGUGAUCAUAAACAGCAGACAGGAACAGAAGUUGUUGUACCAGCUGCAUGGUGAUGCAGAUCUCCUGGUCUGGAUUGGUCUGACUGACACCGUUAAUGAGGGGACCUGGAAAUGGGUGGACGGCACACCACUGACCACAUCGUACUGGAAGAGUGGUAAACCGGACCAUGGUGGUACCAACAACAAGGAUUGUGUCGAGGUCAACCAUCGGGACAACGUUUUGGCCAACUGGAACGAUGCACCAUGCAGCCACAUGCUGCAUUGGAUCUGUGAGAAAUUACAGAAAUAGCUACAUAGGUCAAAUCCACAUCUUGUUUAAAUGUGUUUGCACAUUAACAUUUUCCCUAAGAUUGUGUAAUUAACUGAGCACAUGCAUUUGCAUGGUACAUGGUAUUAUCUUUCUGUCUUUCAGCUGUAAUUCAUUUUUGGCAAUAUAUUAUUGGCAACCUUUUGGAUCAGUCACAAUACUGUAUUGUUUUCAGCUUUGUCCUUUUCCCUCUAAACAAUUUAUCCAUAUUACUUCUAUGAAAUGGUAUUGUACCAUCUAAUCCACUGUGAGAUCUAUUUUCAUCUGUUUCAAUCUGGUGUCCAAAACCGAAAGUAAAAGAGCAUAAGACAGAUCUACUGCUUAUGUUGCUUAUGCCUGGAAUCGGCCCGACACACACAAACACAUGUACGCAAUCAGACACGCACACAAGCAUGCACGCACGCAUUUAAACCUCAGUAAAGUUUCAGUUUUAUAGCAGCAUCUAUGCCAGGGUUGCCCAAUCAUUUUUCUGAAGAGCCUUCAAACUCAACUCUGGAUGUCGAAGCCAGUUCCACUGCAAUUUUUCAUUGUUCCCUUCUAAUUAGGGACUGAUUUAGACCUGGCACACCAGGUGGGUGCAAUUAAUUAUCAGGUAGAAAAGAAAACCAGCAGAUUCCAGACCUCGUAAGGGUAAGAAUUGACUACCCCUGCUGUGGAGCAGAGCUCUCCAACCCUAAUCCUGUAGAAGUACCGUCCUGUAGGUUCACACUCCAACCCUGUUCCCGGAGAGCUACUGUCCUGUAGGUUCUCACUCCAACCCUGUUCCUGGAGAGCUACCGUCCUGUAGGUUCUCACUCCAACCCUGUUCCUGGAGAGCUACUGUCCUGUAGGUUCUCACCCCAACCCUGUUCCUGGAGAGCUACUGUCCUGUAGGUUCUCACUCCAACCCUGUUCCUGGAGAGCUACUGUCCUGUAGGUUCUCACUCCAACCCUGUUCCUGAAGAGCUACUGUCCUGUAGGUUCUCACUCCAACCCUGUUCCUGGAGAGCUACCGUCCUGUAGGUUCUCACUCCAACCCUGUUCCUGGAGAGCUACUGUCCUGUAGGUUUUAGCUCCAAUCCUAAUAAUGUAGAGCACCUGACUACAAUAAUUAGCUGAUGAAAAAAUGAAUCAGGUCAAUUAAAACUGAGGUUGCAGCGGAGACCUGGUUGCUCUCCAGGAACAAGGUUGGAGUUAAAACCUAAAGGGGUAUCUCUCCAGGAACAGGGUUGGAGUUAAAACCUAAAGAGGUAUCUCUCCAGGAACAGGGUUGGAGUUAAAACCUAAAGGUGUAUCUCUCCAGGAAUAGGGUUGGAGUUAAAACCUAAAGGGGUAUCUCUCCAGGAACAGGUUUGGAGUUCAAACGUAAAGGGGUAUCUCCCCAGGAAUAGGGUUAGAGUUAAAACCUACUGGAGGGUAGGUCUCCAAGAACAUGGUUGGCGUUAAAACUUACUGGAGGGUAUCUCUCCAGGAAGUAUUUGUAAAAUUAAUGACAAAAUGUGGUUGUAUGUUUUUUAACAUUGAAAAAAUUACUUAAAGAAAUAUACUUUGAUUAAAAAUAUGUAUUUUUUAA